CACUUUUUCAGGAGGAAUCGAACAUUCCAAAAAGAUGAAUUGUCAACCGUAACAAUGACAGGCGGGGAUGAAAAAUUUCCGUCUUAACGAAUCUUUAUCCAUCAUCAUUUUCAUAGGUUUGAGACACUUGACAGAGCUAGACUUUGGACUACCUCCAAAUGCAGACCAUGAAGAUCAUCAUUCUGGCCAUCUUUGGAGCAUUUCUCCACUUUGCAUAUGCAGAAUUCACAGUUAGCCUUCUAAUGGGUUCCGACGGAGUGGUAACCAGCACAUUCACAGACUCAGUGUUCCUCAGCCUACCACCAUGUUCUCUUGCGGGACAGAGUGUUAAUCUUCAGUAUAACAACACAGCCACAAAAGAGAUCAAGACUCUGCGUGAUAUAUUCAAGGUUCCACUGUGUCGGUUCAGGAGGGCUCUUGCUGUGGUCACUGAGACUAAUGGCCACUUCACUAUCACCAAAGAGCUAGGGUACCAAGUGAAAGACCUCACCAAUGGAACACAAUACAGCUUUCAAUAUAUUGUGGGAGCAGAGAGGAGCAAUGUUUUAGAAGCAACCACAAAAACAGCUUCUGAUUAUGCGCAGCUUGAUGAAGGGCUGCCAGCACACAGUGGCGCCAUGGUGGUGAUCACCGUCCUGCUUUCAGUGGCCAUGUUUCUCCUGGUCCUGGGCCUCAUCGUCACCCUGUUCCUUAGCAACUCUGAUGACUGAACUGUACCACAGCAUUAUUGCUUGUUGGUUAAAAAUGUACAUACCAUAACAUUUCUAAGAAUUGCAUUUUUUCCUGUUGUAUAUUAUUAUGAGGUCUAUAUUAUUCUGUGGUCCUAGCAUUUUGAGUUCAGAUGUAUAGUGUAUAUUCUAAAAAGAACCACAAAAUAAGCAAAUGCACAUCCAUUUACAACAGACAUUUACAUAUUUGAAUUAGCUGUGUGGUAUGAAUCAGGGGGCUCAUUUUAAAAAUCACUAAUAACAGAAAAUAACAGAGAUGGUUGUGUGACAGUUUGCCUUUUAUUUGGCCCUGCAUCUUUAGGAAAUCUUGUAAUGUUGCUGUACGUUACAAUAGUGAUGCAAAUGUGCAUGGAAUGUUGGGAAGUUGAACCUCUUUUCUUUGGGAUGUUGCCUGUUCUUUUAUCCCCACGUCGACCAAAAACCAUGACAAAAACAUCCAAGUUGGCCGUUAUUUGUAAUCUUACCAAUUUCUUUAUUAAACCCAGAGGUGUACUGCCACUACAAGCUAGUGGAGUUGCACAUUCUCCUGAACCUCUGAACCUCACUGCCAUUACCAGGGUGGUAGCGAGGGCUAUCUGGCUAACUGUCACAGUUGCAGGUUGAUUUCUGUGUGGUGCACUGCUGUUGUAUCAGUGAGCAAGAUAUUUCAUGUAAAUUGCUUUAGCAUCUAUCUCAGUGCCUGCAUAGAAUAUAUGUAAAGUGUAAGUGGUGUAAAUGGCCAUGCAACACUGUCUGCAAGGUAACAGUGCCAUGUGUUUGACAGCCAAUACUAUAAAUGAAUUAAUGUAAA